AUGCCUCUUUUUAUAAACCGUGACCAAAUAUUUGCGCAUCAGGUUCACCUGCUGGAGCACAAACUGAGGAGUAAAGAGGAGCGAAUACUGGAACUGGAGACAGAGAAUGCUAUUCUUCAUUUAAGGCUUGCCGAGUGUCUUGGGAAAAUCCGUCGGGACAAUGAAGAGGAAACGAAGGCCCUGGAUCAUGAGCACCACAGGAGUGCACAGAAGAUAACACGGUCCGCCCUCGCCAAACUGCUCUCUGAGGUCCAGGCUGUAAAGCAGGAUUUGAGUGAACUUUUUGCAGCGUAUUUAAGUUUUUCCACUGAGCUCGAGCAGCAGAGCAAGCAGCUGCUGGAAAAACUAGCACAAGCCAGCUGUUCUCUAAAUUGUCACCAUGGAGACAAAGUUCAAAACUUGGAAGGAAGUGUUGCAGCUCUGGAGCGCUCUCUGGAGGAGGAGAGGGAGAAGUGCAAGGCAGAGAGGCAGAGGAGGAAAGAACUCCAUAAUGCACUUGUGGAAUUAAGAGGCAACAUCAGGGUUCACUGCAGGGUGCGACCAGUUCUACCUUUUGACCACGUCCAGUCCUCCACCUCUGGAUCAAGACCAGCAUCGCCAGAAGAAGUGGUCUCCAUCAUAAGUGAUGAUGCUGUGAUGGUGAAUUGCAUAAAAACAGGGAUGCCAGUGCAAAACAAGAUGUUUGAAUUUGAGAGAGUGCAUGGACCAGAGGAUUCACAGGAUGCAGUGUUCGAUGAAGUCAAGCCGCUCCUCACAUCUCUGCUGGACGGCUAUAACGUGUGUAUCAUGGCGUACGGGCAGACAGGCAGCGGAAAGACUUACACCAUGAUGGGAUCCCAGCAGCUGGAGGAGCAGUCAACAACGCAGCAGGAGACACAGCAGGGUGUCAUCCCCAAGGCUGCAGCUGAGCUAUUUCGACUGAUCUCUGAGAAGCCUGCAGAGAGCCACACAGUCGAGGUCUCAGUGAUGGAGGUCUACAACAACGAGGUGCUUGACCUUCUGGCCCGAGAUGGCAACACCGCCAACCAGCGCCGGGAUGUCAUCACCACCUCCUCUGGUUCCAGCGAGGUCAUCUCCCUCACACACAAGCCCGUCAGUAACGCCUCUGAGGUGAUGCAGAUCAUCAGCAGCGUUUUAAAGCUCAGAGCUCACUGUCCCACCCUCAUCCACACUGACUCCUCACGCUCUCACCUCAUUGUCACCCUCACCAUUUCCUCCAAGAGCCCCAAUGCACUGGCUCUGGCCCGCAGGCUACAGAGUGCCAAGAAGAACAUGCAGCGCUCCACCCAGAAGGAGUGGUGGAGUCCACGCUGUCGUCGUGCCAACCCUGCCGCCCGCCAAUCAUCCGACGAUCAUCUCUUUGCAAGCACAGCCUCCUCUCCCUGCCGCUCCCCCUCCCAUUCUCCGUGUCCAUCCCCGAGGCCGAGCAUCUCACAGGCUCCACUCAGGACCAAGCUGCAGCUGGUGGACCUGGCAGGGAGCGAGUGUGCUGGUAUGUCUGGAGUUUCGGGUGCAGCUUUGUGGGAGAUGUCCUGUAUAAACCGCAGUCUCUCCGCUCUGUCUGAUGUCCUGGGUGCUCUGGCUGAGCAGAGACCACACGUCCCGUACAGGAACAGUAAACUCACUCAUCUGCUACAGGAUGCCAUAGGUGGCGAUGCCAAGCUGCUGGUGAUGCUGUGCGUCUCUCCUACGCAGCACUUCAUUACUGAGUCUCUGCAGUCUCUGGGCUUUGGCAUGCGGGCGCGUCAGGUCCAGAAGGAGCUACCGCGAAGAAAGAAUAACACCCUUAAAGUUAAGUGACAAGACACAGAAAGAGACUCCAUCCUUAUGCAGAUGCUGUGGCAACAUCCAUAGAUCCUUCUAUCAGUCAUGCCAGCAGAACGGAUUUGAGGGUGUAAGAUACAUACCUCCAAAUGUAUUAUUAUUCUCUUACUCUUAGUAGCUCCUGGGGAAUAGGUUUGUGUUUCCAGAAUAGUUUAUAUAUAUUUUAAACAGAUAUUGAUAGCAUUAAUUUUAUUACAGGGCUGAUUGAAGCUGCAAAGACUUGCUUGAUGGUUGAAUGUAAAACAGAUUAUUAAUAUGAAAAAACCCUGGCAAUCACCUGAAAUAACAAUGAAAUUCUUGAAAGGCUGGAUUAUGAAUGAUAACUCAGUUUAGUAUAAAAUCACUAAUUUUAAAUUUAUUUCCACUUUCGUUAAACACUUAUUGUGUUUAAGUGGCUAAUGGUCCAAUAUUGAGCGAGAGCACUGCAACCACCAGCUACAAUAGAUGCUGCAAUGUAACCACUUGGGGAAUUUGUGCACCAUUAAUUUAUGUCCACUAAAGUGCUUGUUUAUGACACUAACAGGCUCAUAUUUUUAUUGCAAGUGUCUGACAUUAUGGAAAGGAUUGCUAGUGUUAAAAGGUCAGAUCAUUUUGUUUAGAAACCAGAAACAGCCCCUAAAUCCCUAUCACCAUACCAACAAAACUCCAUCUAAAUAAACGUUCAUUUUAGAGUGCA